AAAUAAUUCUUUAAAUAUAACAGUGUUAAUGUAUCUGUGUACAAACUGAGAUUUUCCAACUACAUGUAUAAUAUUUAUUAGUCAUAAUUCUUUAAACAUCUUGUUUUAUGUAAACAAACGUCUCUAUGUCUCCAAAACAAAACACCUAUAAUUCAUAUCCACGGAUUAAGGUGUGUGACGUCAGCACGCAGGACGUAAAUGAUUGGAGGAGGAGGGGGGUGUUAAAGGCGGCGGCGGGGGGGGGGGGUGAUCGGGAUUCCUGAGGAUUACCCGUCAUGCCCCGCGGGUAAAGAUGGCGAAGGCUGAGCAGGGCAACAGAUCAACUUUCUCCGAGCGGCUCUGAGUGGAUUUUCUGCCGUCAGACGGAGCGCCUCAGCCGGCUGCUUCUCCUCCAGCCGCCCGCUGCCUACCGGCUCGGAUCAGCUCCACAGCCGGACCUCAGCGCUCCUCUCCGGCCUCGGAUCGGUCCAAAGCCCCCCUCCCUCCUCCCCUCCGCCUCCCUCCCUCCUCGCCCCGCCGGAGGAGCAGAGCGGAGCUCCGGCUAAAGUUUCCGCUGCUCCCCGCUCUGCUCUCCGGGGUUUGUUUGUGGAGAUAACCCGGGCCGAGCCGUGCUAAAGGUCGUCGGAGGCCUGAGCUUCACAUGCUCAGAGGAGGAAGAGGAAGAAGAGGAGGAAGAGGAAGACUGCAGCUGGUCUGAGUGUGUGUGUGUGUGUGUGUGAGUGUGUGAGGACGGACGCUUCAGAGAACAUGAAGAGUUUUCUGUGCUGACGUAGCAGGUGUUUCUGUGGAUGAAGUCAGCUGUGGAGCAGCUCACACCUCAGGACUGACAGACGAUAGGAAAGGAAGGAAGAAGGAGGGCUCAGGAUGACGAGCGCGGCCCCGGCCAGGAAGCCGUAUCGAAAGGCUCCGCCACAGCACCGCGAGACGCGUCACGCCCUGACCACCGCUCCGCCCCCGCCAGCGCCACAGCUCGACAUCAAUCAGGAGGCCUUAUCAGACUCUGACAGGAUCAGAAUCCUCCAGCAGCAGAAUGAGGACCUGCGGCGCCGCCUCUCUCUCUCCACACACAAGAUGGAGGCCAUGGAGGCGGAGUUUGACGGCAGCCGUCACUACAUGGAGGCGGAGCUCAGCCGGACCAGAGACGACCUGGACAAGAUGAGAGACAAGUUCCGCAGACUUCAGAACAGCUACACAGCGUCUCAGAGAGCCAAUCAGGAUCUGGAGGAGAAGCUCCACGCUCUGGCUGCCGUCAGUCAGACAUGGGUUCAUGCACUACGGAAGGUGGAGAGGGACAAAAAGACAAUGGAUCAGGAGAUCGUGGAGCUCACCAACAAACUGCUGGAUGCCAAGAACACCAUCGACCGUCUGGAGGAGCUCAAUGAGCGCUACAGGCAGGACUGUAACCUCGCCGUCCAGCUGCUGAAGUGCAACAAGUCGCAUUUCAGGAACCACAAGUUUGCUGAUUUGCCCUAUGAGCUGCAGGACAUGCUGAAUAAGCACAUGAAGAGCAGCCUGCCGGAGCGAGGCCCCGCCCCCGGCUCUCAGGACCCGGACACGCUCAGUUUGACGCCGGCAGACGUGGUUCCCACCUCCGUCAUCGCUCGCGUGCUGGAGAAACCCGAGCCGCUGCUCUUAAACUCCGCCCAGUCCAGCAGCUGCGGCCGGCCCGUCGCCGAGGAUGUCUUCGUGCACGUGGACAUGACGGGUUCUGCGGCGGCGGCCGCGGAGGGCCGGGGCCGGGAGAACGGCGGCGGUCAGGAGGCGGCGCAGCAGAACGGUUCCUGCCGCAGUCAGAGCAGUCUGGACGGCCAGUCGGGUGGCGAAGAGGGGGGCGGGGCUCCGUCCUUUGAGAAGCUGAACCCGUACCCGCCGCCGCCGCCGCCCCAUCCGCUCUACCCCGGCCGCAAGGUCAUCGAGUUCUCGUCGGACGACAAGGUGAAGAUCCCCAAGAACAGCCCGCUGCCCAACUGCACCUACGCCACGCGGCAGGCCAUCUCACUCAGCCUCGUGCAGAACGACGACGAGCGCCAGCCGCCCGGAAGCCCCGCCCCCUCCUCCUCCUCCGGCGGUGGUGGAGGCGGAGUCAACCAGCGCACGCCGCCCUCACAGCGGGACGCUGCCAGCGAGCCGCUGUCCAGCCAGUCGAGCCCCUUCAGCAGCCCGCCGCAGGCUCCCAGCGUCCUGGCGAGCUCCGGCAGCUCGGAGGAGGACCUGCUGGCCAACUGGCAGCGGAUGUUUGUGGAGAAGAUGGCGCCGUCCUGCGACAGCUCCGUGGUGCACCGCACGUCCUUCAGCAGUCAGACGGCUCAGGAGCUGCAGAGGAGGCGGCAGGCGGCGGGGGGCGGGGCCUCCUCCUCCUCCGACCGCCACAGAGCGGCGUACUCUGACGGCGAGGAGGGUUCGUCCGCACGCAGCUGGACGCCGAGCCGCGGCUCCAGCCUCGACACCGACACCGACACCGAGCCGCGGCCCGGCAGGAGGGGGCGCUACGGAGGCGACG